AUGCAGUCCAGCUCCAUAGUCGAUGCAUCACCGAGCUUCAACACACAUUCUUCUAACAACCUCACGGAUAUUGCAGAUAGAGUUGUCCAAGAAUUACUUCGAACCGACAAUGGAUUCGGCGACGAUAUCUUCGAUUUCGGUGUUGAUGAUAAUCGGGCGAAUACUCGCGAACAUGACGGCGUAAUGACUAAUACUCCUACCGGAAACUUGAAGGAAAAUGAGGAAGACGCUCCCAACGAAGAUGAAAUAGAGUUCGAGUUCCCUGUUGUUUGUAGAGACUCUAAUCUGUUUCCGGUUUCAACUGUCGACAAUCAGAUCUCGCGGAGCUAUCCGCUAUUCGAUAGAAGUUUAUUGUUAGACGUCGAUCCUAAUUCCAGUAACGGUGUUGAUACUUCGGGGACUGAUCCUAAGCCGUCUCCGGCGGCGCGGCAUUCUCUGAUGAUGCUUUUCAGAGAAGAUCUCUCGGCGUCGUCUUCCUCGUCAGAGGCGGAUGAUCUGGACAGAAUUUCGCCGGGAACGUACUGCGUCUGGAACCCGAAACCUGAAUCGCAUGGAAAGCAUAAGAAGAGCAAUUCCAUAUCGUUUGAUAAUAAUUCGAAGAGGUGGAAGGUUCGAGAUCUACUCAAGCGAAGCUACAGUGACGACAACUAUUCAGCCGGCAAGGUUGUCAUUUUCACUCCUCCGAUUGCAACGAAGCAGAAGAUGAACAACGAAAAGGUAAAGAAGACUGAGAAAACUGCUAAAUUAACUUCUGCCGUCGACGGCGGUGGAAUAUAUAGUAAGACGGAAUCUAAUACUCCGGUGCAUAAAGCGAAAGCUGGAGGUAACCGUCUUCCGCCGUACCUUCCCUACCGGCCAGAUCAGCAAGGUCUAUAUGCCAAUUUCACCGGAUCAAGCAGGAAUUUUUAUCGCUACUAA